AGAACUGUGCGGAAACAGCCAUGGGCGCUACGCCUUACUGUGUGCAGGUCACUGGACAUGAAUGUAGUCAGGAUGCUGUUGCUUCGCAGCCCCAUGAGCUGCAACGAACUUCGACGCGAUGUGCCGCAGCUGGCAGCGCGUUGGCCAUUGUGGGUGCGAUGAGGAGAAGUGGUGAGGAGACAGAGCUGGCUGCCGUGAUUCUCAUCAUGAUGUCCCUGGGCCUCGAGGUCUUGGCGGCAUUGCGACGGCGGAGCAACGGGGCAGGCAAACUGCAGCAUUCUGUUCUUGAACGAUACAAGGAUCCGCUGCUUCUCUCCACGCUCUGUCCAGCUCUACUGACAAUGACAAUCUUCACGGCUUGGGGUGCAGGAGCUGUACAGCACUUCGGCAUCGUACCACGUAGCUUGGAGGGCUUGCCUGGAGUUGUCUUCGGCUGCUUUGUGCAUUUUUCUUGGCCUCACUGUCUCUGGAAUGUGGUGGCUCUGGGUCUUUUGGCGCCCUGCGUUCUCGGUGCUGGUGUGACAAACCUGCCAGCGGCAUCAGCCUUCAUUGCUCUCACAAGCGGCUUCUGCGUGUGGUGCAUGGCCAGACCUGCACUUCACGGGGGAGCAAGUGGUGUAGUUUGUGGCUAUCUUGGCUUGCUGGCAGCUUUGAUGCUGAGAAGGCGAGAUGUACCACUCUGCACUCUUCUCAUGGUCUUGGGAGUUGUUGCAUGCUACAGCGGUGCCCUUCUGAUGCAUGGACCCGGUGCUCCCUUCGAACCACUUUAUGAGGCCUGCAAAUCGCACAAGACCUCUGCCGAGCAUCACACCUUUGGCUUCUUGUCAGGUUUGGUCUUUGCCCUACUUUUUGUUCGAUCGCGCGAUGGCCCGGUGAGUCCCGGCUGAGCAGCGCUGCAGCGCAAGCUGAAGCUUUUUGUAAGAUUUGAAUUCUUCGAAGUGUACAGAUCAUCUGAUUCUGUUCAGAUUGUGAAGAGAUCCAGAAAAUUCGAAAAUUCUGUGAACAGUUUCACCGAUGUCAAGCUGCGAAAGCUGACGACAUUUCCCCUGAUGGCGACGUGGUCGUCUUUUGCCAACUCUUGUGGCAGCACGGCACAUCGGGGGGGUGACUGGACUUCCAGAGGGUUCAGAGCCACAGGUCUUGCGACAGUCAAA